AUGAAUCGUUACGCACUCUGGGGUUCCCUGGCCCUGCAGCUCGCAUUUUUCGCCCACAGGGCCGACAGCGCAUACAGCGAUGUCUGCAGCGUCCCCGAGUUCAUCCAGAAGCUGGAUCUCCAGCCGGCUGUGGAGUCAAGAAUCACGACGCUGCUUGACGGUCUUGAUGUGGACGGCAUAGCGGGACUCGAUGAGCAGGAAAAGGGAGCUCUCUACUGUCGUGUCGCAGGGGUCGUCCUUGGUGGUGCCGAGGUCGUAAACAAAUCUGCCGCGACCUUCGAGCAGCUCGUCGAGGUGAACUGGUGCGACUCUUGCUGGUUCGAGCCACGGUGCAUCGCCCAACCAGAAUCGGCCGACGAUGUCUCCAAGGUUCUGCUCACGGUCACAUUCUUCGGGGUCAAGUUCGCGGUCCGGAGUGGCGGCCACAAUCCCAAUCCGGGCUUCGGAGGGAUCGACAGUCCCGGCAUCCUCAUCGACAUGUCCCACAUGAACACGACCAGCCUCAGCCCUGACGGCGCCGUCGCCUCGCUUGGUCCGGGCAGCCGGUUUGGGGACGUCUACUCGGCGCUCAACUCCCAGGGAAAGACUGUCAUGGCAGGACGUCUGAACAGUGUUGGCCUCGGCGGGUACUUCCUGGGCGGCGGGUUGACCUACUUUAGUAGCAGGUACGGCCUUGCGGCUGAUAACAUUGUCAACUACGAGGCGACGAAUGCCACGUCCAACGCAGACCUGUGGUGGGCGUUGAAGGGCAGUGGUACCAAUUUCGCCCCACAACUCCUGGAGGCAGUGGAGCAAUACGCCAACGCCGCGGAACACGACCCAGACGCUGCCAUAACAUUUGCACUUACUCCAACGAGCGGUUUUGUGGAAUUCAUCUACGGGAAGCCUGUCUUGCGUCCCGAAGUGUACAGCAUGUUCUAUAACAUAAGCACCAUAGGUACUGCGAUUAACUCCACAGUCGGGAACAUGGUCAGUUUGACCAAUGCAAUCUCCGAGAUCACCUCUAUCGAAAGGAAAAGGAGAAUGAUCGGAUCGGUUGCCCAUGUUUUUGACCUACCAACGUUGCUGGGUUCAUACGCCAUGGUUCUGGACUUAGCAGCGGAGGUUGAGACUUUCAACGGAUCGGCCGGUUUCGUUGUUCAGCCCUUCACCAGCUCAGCCGUUCAGCAUGCAUCUAAGACGGGAGGCAACCCGGUCGGCCUCAACAGCACCCUCCAGAACUUCCUAUCAUUCUCCGUCGAGUGGGACAGCAGCACGGACGACGCCCAUGCCCUCGCAGCGAUACACAACUACACAAGCCAGGUGGAAGAACUUGCUAAAGAGCGGGGCGUGUACUUGGAAUCGAAGUGCAUGAAUGAUGCCGGGGACUUUCAGGAUGUUCUUGCAAGCUAUGGUUCGGAAAAUCUGGCUACUUUGGGGAGUAUUGCGUCGAGGUACGAUCCACUCCAAGUAUUCCAGAGUGAGGAACAUUUAACCUCGUCACCUCCCAUACAUGGCUCGGAGGAUGCAAGUGAGCGAAGCGUGGGGAACGGCCGCGGUCCCGUGUCCUGGAACGGACCUGGCGAUGCCGAGAACCCAAUGAACUGGCCGGCCUGGUUGAAGGUGACGAACAUCGUCUUGGUCAGCUUCUUGACCUUCGUCACAGCCCUGGCGUCCUCGAUGGUCGCCCCCGGCGUGCCCCAAGCCAUGCAGGAUUUGAACAGCGACAACGAUAUCAUUGCCGACUUCAUCAUCUCGGUCUACGUUCUCGGCUUCGCCGUCGGACCCAUGUUCCUCGCGCCCCUGUCCGAACUCUACGGCCGGCUGCCCAUCUACCACAUCAGCAACCUCGGCUUCAUCGUCUUCACCGCCCUGUGCGCCAUAAGCUCCAGCGUCGGCAUGUUGAUCGCCUGCCGAUUCUUCCAGGGCGUCUUCGGUGCCGCGCCCGUGACCAACGGUGGGGGAACGAUCGCCGACGUUGUCCCCCAAGAGAAGCGCGGCGGCGCCCUUGCGAUCUACUCGGUGGCGCCUCUGCUCGGCCCCGUCAUCGGUCCGGUCGCAGGAGGCUUUCUGGUGGCUGCCAAGGGCUGGCGCUGGGUGUUCUGGGUGCUCGCCAUGGUCGGCGGGGCCAUGACCCUCCUCUGCCUCGCUCUGUUGCGCGAGACCUUCGCCGUCGUCAUCCUCGAGAGGAGGGCAGCCCGCUUGCGGAAGCAGACUGGUGACGGCACCAUCCGCUCCCAGCUGACCCAGGACCUCAGCGCCAGGCAGCUCUUCGCGCGGGCAAUCGUCCGUCCUUCGAAGAUCCUGAUCUUGUCGCCGAUCCCCCCACCUGAUCAGUACCUUUUGUUUAGCACCUUCACUGUGGCCUUCCAGGACCAGUACGGGUUCUCCACCUCUCUCGUCGGCCUGACGUUUCUGGGGCUCGGAAUCGGCAACUUGAUUGCUCUUGCGAUUAUCAGCCCCGUGCUUGACAAGCUCGCCAAGGGCGGACCAAAGCCCACGGAAGCCGAAGCCGGCCUCGACGGCGGGAAGCCGCCCGAAUUUCGCCUCAUACCACUGGCGUACUGCUCAUUCUCGCUGCCCGUAGGGCUGUUUCUCUACGGGUGGACGAUGGAAUACCAGGUCCACUGGAUCGUCCCGAUUAUCGGCACCGCAAUCUAUGGCUUUGGCCAAAUGGCAGUGUUCCUGUGUAUCAUAGCCUACCUCAUCGAUGCGUUCAAGUUAUUCGGGGAGACCAUGCGGAAGCGUCUCGAUUUAAGCAGAAUCUAG